AUGGUGCUGAAGUGUCUUGAACAUUACCUGAUCCUUGAAAAGAAAAGUAACAUCAUGAACCGCCUGUGGAUGUCGCUGGCUCUUCUUCUCACGCUGUUGGCCCUGUCAAACGCAGCACCAGCGGAAAGAAUUCGAAGAAGUAGCAGCAGUAGCAGCAGCAGCGAGGACUGUGACGGGUGCGAUUGUGAUGGGGAUUGUGAUGGCGAUGGUGGUGGAGACUGUGGCGGUGAUUGCGGGGGAGAUGGUGAUGGCGGUGAUGGUGAUUGUGGCGGAGACUGUGGGGGCGAUGGGGGUGACGGUGGGGGUGAUGGUGGAGAUGGUGGUAGUGGUGGUGGCGAUGGCGAUGGCGAUGGGGAUUGCGGCGAUGGUGGCUGUAAUGGUGAUGGUGGUGACGGUGAUUGUGGUGGUGACGGCGGUGAUUGUGGUGGGGAUGGUGAUGGGGGUGGGGAUGGGGAUGGUGGCUGCGAUGGCGGUGACUGUGAUGGUGGUGAUGGUGAUGGCAGUGGUGGUAAUGGUGGCUGUGAUGGUGGCGACUGUGAUGGCGGAGGAUGUGAUGGAGGAGGAUGUGACAGCAGUGAUAGUGACAGCGAUAGUGACAGUGGAAGUGACAGCUGCGACAGUAGCUCUGAAGGGUGCGACAGUUCAGACUCCGAUUCCGACUCUGAUUCCGACUCUGAUUCUGAUUCCGGCUCGGACAGCAGCGAGGAAGGAGGAUGCGGUGGUGGUGGAGAUGGUGGUGGAAAUGGUGGCGGCGGAGAUGGUGGUGGAAAUGGUGGCGGAGGUGACUGUGGUGGUACCAAUGCGAUAUCCGUCGCAGCUCCAGACGUACAGGUAGUGGAAGUGGAAAAACCAGUGUAUAUCCCAGUACCGGUUCCUGGUGGUGAUGACGGCGACGAUGAUGGAGGAGAUGAUGACGGAGGUGAUGAUGGCGGUGAUGACGGUGGUGAUGAUGGAGGAGAUAAUGGCGGUGAUGACGGUGGUGAUGAUGGUGGCGAUUAUGGUGGUGAUGACUAUGGAGGGGAUGACGAUGGUGGUGAUGAUGGUGGUGACUACUACGGUGGAGAUGAUGGUGGAGACGAUGGUGGAGAUGAUGUUGGUGGAGAUGAUGAUGGUGGAGAUGAUGUUGGUGGAGAUGAUGAUGGUGGAGAUGAUGAUAAUGGCGGUGAUGACGAUGGUGAUGGAGGUGAUUGUAUUGCAUUGGGAGGUGGUCCUGGAUGUGGCGCAAUGCAAGCUGGUGAUCUUAACUCCCCAGAUGCUGUCAUGAGCUCACCCUGUUCUGAAUGUCCUCUCUUCAUCUCCCGUACUGAUGCCGUUUGCGGAUCAGAUGGAGUCACAUACGAUAACCUAUGCGAAUUACGCCAUGCUGCAUGCCAACUAGGAGACAAAUCAAUUCGAGUCGCCAGUGAAGGCAUUUGUGCAGCGAGUCUUGUUCAAGCUGUUGCUCCUUAAGACAAUAAACUCUGAUGAACAUGAUGUUUUGUGAUGGACGAUCCAAUCUGAGGACACAAAACUGAAGUAACUAGAAACUCCUUAAAGUUGGAUCCCGAUCUCUAAUGUUGGCGUGAAAACUUGGGCUGAUGACGUUGAAGAAAACCGAAGCUGUGUAUUACUUAAUCUUUAGUAUUUAAUCAUGCUUUAUUGUUAUUUAUGGUAAACUAUACCUCCUUUGUGUAUAUCAUCUAAUAUCAUAUCGUAUUGUAUUCUAAUUUUAUUUCAUUUAUGCAAAUUCUGAUACCUUUGAGUGUCGAGAGUACUUUUCAACUAUCACGUCUUGUGAUGCGAUACUUAAUUUACAAAUACAUUGCAUAAUAUUUGCUGUUUUAUAAGUGUUCGUCUAUGUGACAUUUUAUGUGAAAUACAUGUGCAAUAAUAAAAAUACAUGUACUUAUAACUAACC